ACAUUUCAGACGGCGCACCGAAUUCCCACAUCCCAAUCCGACCGGAAGAUGACUGUGUUCCGAUUGACUGCAACCCAAACAACACGCUGUCAAAGCUGUAUCAGAAAUCGCCACUCCAUCGCAUCGCCGGGAGCUGAGGACGUGAAGCUACAAACUCUGCUUUUCUUGAGGGAUCCUGCUUCUGUUAUACUGUAAUUCUGCUGCUGAAUUCAAGUGGUCAUCGGCUUUCAAAGUUUUGGGUGCUCAGAAGACGUACAGAGCACUUUGUUCAUCCAGUGUCGAUCGAAGUGGCCCAAAGUGCAGGCAGCGAAAGCUAGGAGAGCUGCAGGAUUGCGAAGAGGACGAGUUAGCUGAGGUGCAUCGUAGUUGAGAGAGAGAGAGAGAGAGAGAGGAUGGUGAACACUGCGAAAUUGAAGAUGAGUUUGAAGCGGAAAAAGGUCGCGGUGGCGAGCAAGACGAAAGUAGUGAUCCGGAAGGGGAGUGCCAAGCCUUGGCAUCAGAUUCGUAGUAGUCCAUGGUUCGAAACUGUCAAAGAGUUUCUCAUGUCAGACAGUUUCAUGUACGGGCCCUUGACCGUGCAGGGCAGGGUAUCAUGUACAUCAUCUGAUGAUGAAAAUAUUUCUAACUUGACAAAAGAACAAUAAUAACCAUCAUCAACUACAGUGGAUGACUUUGAUUGGAAAUAUUUCAGAGUGAUUUUUCCUCCUUGAAUAUGUUGAGGGGGACUGUUGAUAGUGAUGUGAAAGUGACAAAAGUCAAAGUUACGUGUUUUUGAAGAUGAGACUAACACGUACUCUACACUCUCUUGAAACCGUUCAACUCAACCAGUGCUGCUCGGGGUGGUUAGUUUGGUUAUUAUGGUUUCUCAUGGGCCCCCUUCUGCAGUAUAUGAGCGCAAACUGGCUCACCAUUUGUAUUUAAUGUUCCUGAGCUCAAAACUUGUAGUUUUAGAGAUUUACAAUCGCUGUGACUCAGGGUUCUUUUGACACUGCUUUGCCCAAUUGUGGUCAUGGCUCGAGGAGUUCUUCGGCUCUACAUGUUGGUUGUCAUUGCUCUUGUCUCGGACUUCUUGCUUUUGCUGUGUGCAAGUGAGGAGCUUGGAAGUGAGGAGCUUGUGACAUGCUACCACUCUGGAUAUCGAAUGGAGCGAGAACAGAUAAUGCAGUCCAUAGACUCGUUUUGCCUCAAGUACAACGGCGCUUACUUCUACAGCGGUCGCAGGGUUCACGAAAUCUACGCUAACACCAUCUCCUUGCCUCCCAAAGGACGUGUGGACAUAUAUGCAGAGGCACUAAUCGGUUGCACUUGGACAAUGGACCAGAACAACUGCCGAAGAUUGCUUCUUAGGCCUUCCGAGGAGUGCAAUACAGCACGAGAUCCACAGAACCAGACACAGGGUGGUUAUGUGACCGAUUCUUGCCUGCGCUUUACCUUAGAUCCAAACUAAACCCUGCCCGAAGAGUCAAAGCGAACAACACGUCUUGGCUUUGGACCAUCUGAAGGCAUUGUGAGACUCAGAAACUGAAGGCGUUACUCUUCUGUGGUUUGGUAUGUGAUCAUCCAUAGAAACACAGUUGCUUGGUCUUGGAAGUCCUGGUCGCAACUGUGUACUACCCACCUGAAUAGUAAAGUAGGAAAGCAACCAACCACAGAUGUUCGAAAGGUGCUUCGAGGUUCACUAGUCAGUUCGUCUGUCGAUGUAUUUUGGCUUUAAAUUAAUGUAUAUACUACUUGUA